UCUUAAAGAUAUAUAUUUCUAUGUUGUCCGGACUCUCCAAGAAUGUUGUGAUAUUGUUGUUGAAUCAUCUAAAAAUGCAUUACUUUUGGAGGAUUCGAUACAGCUCAAUGACAUUUUUGGGAGAGUCUUGAGCAACAUACAACAAAGCUCUAUAUAGUGCAAAUUGACUUUGUUACUUCAUAGAAAAAGGCUUGAAUUAUAAAGUUGAAAGAAGGUUGGUGGUCAGAAAGCAAUGGCAACAGGUUCAGUGACACUCUCUCCAGCAACAGUUACUCUAGCAGCCAGAGUUGGCACAAACAAGUGUUCCCAGAAAAGAACCAAAGUGAAGUACAUUAGUGGCUUGAAUUCAUUUGAAGGGCUUAAGGCACAUAACAAUGUUGCCUCAUUAGGCCACCCUUUGAGUACUGAACAGUCAUUUGCAAACAUUGUUAGUUCCUUGAGAACAACAUCAUCAUCAUCACAAGGCAAAGGCGGAGCUUUGUCUUCUACUUGCAAUGCCGCUGUUGAGAUUUUCAAGAUUGCUUCUAUUAUUCCAGCUCUGGUUCUUGUUGGAGUAGCUGUUGGUUUUGUACUCCUUCGAAUCGAAGCUGCUGUUGAGGAAGCUGAUUGAACAGUCGGUUCGCUAUUGUUUUCUUUUCUCUUCACCAAGAUUUACUUUCUCUGCAUUAAUGUAGAGUUUCUUUGUUUUGGUUAUGUAUAUUGAACUCAUAAGCAUUGAAAAAAAAUUGAGUUUUCACAUGUUAAAA